AUGGAGUAUGAUGUCGGUUCAGCUGCGUUUUUUGUUCCGCGGAUAGGGGAGCAUAUUUCUAAUGGUCUCAACAGCUUAAGGGAAAGUUUUAAUUUUGAAGAAUUUCGUACUGUCAUUAAUGCGCCCACCUGUUCGCCCAUAUUUCAAACAGUGAAUGAAAGCUCUCCUGAUGAUCUAAUCACUUUCCAUCAUCAAGAGGAAGUAGUUGCCACCGACGAAUCUCAAAAUGAAACUCACAUCCCCUUGUUUGAUUUAGGUGAAGCUGAUCAGAGUGAUCUUUUCUCCUUCGAUAUUGAUAACAUUAAUCCCUCCUUGCCAAUGCUCUCCCCGGGCACAGAUAACCUCACCUCAGCGUUUGAUUUUAAACCUGAAACCGAUUUUUCUGACAUUUUUAUUCCUGAUAAUUUAAUGCAUAUCGUUGACGAGGAACAGGCUGAAGAUCCAUUUGUCCAAGUACGGGAAAAUGAAUCCUUUACCAAUACUUCCUCCGAGAGACAAGUUUGGAAUACCCUCAAUACUGAUGGUGCCUCUGAAUGUAUCUCUGAUGAGGAAUUAGACGAUGAGGACUCCGGUGAACUCGUGGAACUAAAACGUCCCACUGCAAGAAAAUCUCGUCAGAAAACUAGGCACACCAAUUCUUCUGUCUGUCUGCAUAAUGAAGAUCUUACUCAUGGCAAACCCGGUCAGCGUCUUUUCUUCACACCAGAAGAGCGAAGACUCCUAAUCCAAAUGGGCCAGCGUAUUCCCACUCAUUUUCCCCUCACUCGAGGCGAGGAGCGCGCAAUUCGAACGAUGAGGCGAAAAAUUCGCAACAAACUCUCCGCGAAAGCCAGUCGUGCCCGACGACAGGAGUACGUCUCUAGUCUUGAGUCACAGGUCUCUAAGUCCCAUAAAGAAAAUCAACGAUUGAAGAGUCAAAUUCGGAAUCUUGAAUUGGCUAAUGCGUAA